CAGGUAUUGUGCCUCAGAAGCUGGCCAAAAUCCAUUUUUUUUAUUUACGCUGUACCCCUUCUCAACCAUUGUUUCUUAAAACUAGGAUAACCCCUCCACACAGUAAAAAAAAAUACCACGUGCUAAGGCCAUCCACCACCCGCGCAGGCUUAGUCGAAAGUUACCGUUCGCCGAAAGUGUCCGCGUGAUUGUUCGAUGCGCUCAAAUUUCAUAGUUUUCAAAUAUGUGUUAUUCCUUGAUCGGGAAGUUUUGUGUUGGUUUUUAAUAUGGAUCAUGAAGAACCAGGUAUGUACUUUAUUUAACACUAAAUUUUACUUAAUAAUUAAUUGAUUUUCUUCAUUAAUACCCUUGAGAAGUGAGUACCGGGAAAUUUUAUAUAAAAAGACAAGUUUUUCAAGAACAUUGGAAGUUUUAAUAAGUUUCCAAGCAUUUCCAAGCAAACAUUUGAAUGGCAUGUGAUAGAAUGGACUUUCCUUAAUAAUAUAAAGUGAAAAAUAGCCACCCCAAUGCACCCCUCUAUUUUUGGUGAUUUUUUUCUCCGUAAGCACAUUCGAUACUCAGUACAUGAGAUUUUACUUAUAGUUGUGUUUUUUUGUUUUAGGUUCUUCUGGAAUGCGGAUAUUAUCUAGAAAUGAUUUAUUUGCUAUAAUUGAACGCUCAGAUAGCUCAACUUUUAACGAAAAGUUGCAAUUUAUGGAGCACGAACUACUGAAUCAAUAUACAGAAAAUGACCACAAUAUUCCUGACAUAAAGCAUAAACUGUCUCAAAUCAAGCAUCAAUUUAAACAAAAAUGGUCAGCUGCUCGCAAUACAAAAGCCAGAUUCCUAGAUAACAACGUCGAGUGGCUCAAAGGAUGCAUAUCUCUACCGAAAGCAGGAAUAAGUCCUGGUCGACCUCAAAAAACUUUCUUAGAGUUGAGCGAAAGAAGCAAAAGACGUAAAACAGAAGAACUUAGAUCGUUAAACACAGAUGAAUUAACAUUUGCAACACAGAUGAAAUUACGGGAGACAGGCAAAUUAGAAGCGUCAAAAGUCGUAAAAGACUUAACAAAAAGCCCUAGAAGAGCAAAGAAAUAUAUAACGGCGCUGAAAAAAAAUACUGUUACUUGUGAAGACGAUCAGGAGAAAUUAAACAACCUAACACAUUUACGUGCCUUGUUUAUGUACACGGAAGCGGGAUUAACACAGGCCCAAUAUGAAAUAGUCCGAGAAACCAAUCCAAGCUAUUAUCCAUGCUAUUCUAUAUUACAAAAGUGUAAGAAAGAAUGCUAUCCUGAAAUUCAUCGUGUCACUGAAACAUGCGCUGAAGCAUGA